ACAACUUCAUUACCGGUUUUUUUAUGCGAUUAUAAUUCCAAGGUUAACUUACACAAUCUUUAAGCUCUUGUUUUUUCCAUCUGGGCCCCUUUUUGAAGUGAAAUAAUUAAGUGCAAUUAAGGGGCCAACUGCAGUUUCACAAGUGUACUGGAUGCCUUGUAACAGUGACACAAAGAGAGUUGGAAAUGAUGGUGGAGAGAGAGAGAGAGAGAGAGAGAGUGAGAGUCUGUUUGAUACAUGUGAUUAUUUUGGCUGUUACUUUUCUCUACCCUUAAAACCUCAAUUUUCUUGGGUAUAUUUUGUGUUUUGACACGGUCUGAGAUCUGAGGUUGAGGUUGUGACAAUGAAGUUUCACUACAAGAGUUCUUAUGGUUAUCAGACUCAAAGAGGAGGAGCUCUUGCGGGGCUUUUUGUGCUUCUUUUUCCAGUUUUAUUGCCUAGUUUGUUCAGUCCAUUAAGCCAUGCUUCCCCUUCUAUGUUCUCGGAAUGGAAUGCUCCAAAACCUAGGCACUUACCUCUACUCAAGAGUGCUUUGCAGCUGCAAAAAGAUCCAAAUGCUCCAAAGCCAAGGCACUUACCUUUGUUCAAGAGUGCUUUGCAGCGUGAAUAUGCAACUGGAAAGCAAUCUGAUCUUUGGGUUCCUUUGGCUGAUCAAGGAUGGAGACCAUGUGUUGAAUCUGCAAAAGCCCCUUGUAAGUUUGAAGAAAUCNAACUAACAAUGGUUUGA